GAAAUGAGCAAUCCUGAAGAUUUAAUAACGCUAGUCAAGUCACCAAGUGUUCAACGUCCUCAAAUACCGAAAUUACCCAGUGAAUUACACCCAUUACCACCGGAUAUAUCAGCUUACUUUGUUUAUCCACUUAGUUUAGAGCCAUAUGCAUUAAAUUUACUACCAAGUUUACGUCAGAAAGCUAACUUGGAACAUCAAAAACAUCUCAACUUUCUCAAUGAACGUAAAGCAAUGAUUGAGAAUAAAAAGAAAGCGGAAAUGAAUAGAGUAGCCCCUGGAUGGAAUGGUGCGUGGGAUGCACUUGAACCAGCGUCUGUCGCAUCCCCGACGAUAUCUACUAAUCAAAAUCAACAUAAUAGACAACCAUCAAUCGAAGAGGAUUUGGUUAAUGGAUUAGAGAAGCUAGCUAGAUGA